GUGCCCCUUCCUUUUGUGGCGCCCUUUCAGAACCACGGAAGAGUACGAAACACCCUGGCUGGCUUCAUUUUGCGAUUGCUACAAUCUCGAUUCGUAUCCACACACAGCGUCGAUGGCCGAUCCUGUCAAACGAGAGCCCAUCGCUUCGUCGGUCCCACGGACUUCGACCACACCUGCCACCGUCAUAGCAUCUCGCAGCUAUCCACAGCAGGUGCCAUCAUCACAGGAACCCGCGAGAAAGAAGAAAGCGACCAACCAAUCUUCUUCCCACGAGUCGCCGCGGCCAUCAAGUCAACCUAUUGCCGCGACAUUAGAAAUGUCCCCCAAGAGUCAAUGCAGCAACAGCAGCAGCACGGACGAAGGUGCGGCCGCCGCCGCCACUCUGGACGACGAUAACGACAUGAACGAUGACGAGGAGCAGAUUGACGUCGACUACUAUAGCUCGACGAGCGAAAACGAAUUCGACGACGACGACAUGGGCGUAGACGACGACGAAGACGAAGAAGACAUUGAACUCGACCAGCUGAGUCUUCAAAACGGAAAGUCGUGCAGCGUCGAGGGCUGUACGCGCGGGGCCAAGCGGGGCGGGGUGUGCAUCGCGCACGGCGGUGGCCGGCGGUGUCAGGCCGACGACUGUCAGUGCUCCGCCGUGGGCGGUGGCUUUUGCAUCGCACACGGAGGCGGCAAGAAGUGCACGUUUGAGGGAGGAUGCGAGAAUAGCGCCCGCAGUCGGGGCUUGUGUCCGGCCCACGGCGGCGGCACCCGUUGCCGCGCCGAAGGAUGCACCAAGCACGUGGUCAGUGGGGGACGAUGCGUGGCCCACGGAGGUGGGCGGCGGUGCAAAGCGGACCAAUGUGUCAGCUCGGCCGUAUCCCGCGGUCUCUGUGUGAUGCACGGCGGCGGGCGCAAGUGCAAGGCCGACGGGUGCAAGAAGCACGUGGCGUCGGCGGGUCUCUGCCGCGCUCACGGAGGUGGCCGGCGAUGCAAGAUGGAUGCAUGCAUGAGCAGCGCGCAGAGCCGCGGACUGUGCUACGUCCACGGCGGCGGGGGGCGGUGCCAGAAAAAAGGGUGCAGUUCGUCGGCCAAGAAGGGCGGGUAUUGCAUCGCCCACGGUGGCGGCCACCGCUGUAAAAUGGAUGGCUGCAAGAGCUCUGCCGUCAGCGGCGAGUUAUGCCGCGCGCACGGAGGCGGCAAGCGCUGCAGCAUCGCGGACUGCAAGAGCAGCGCCAAGACCGGUGGGCUGUGCAUUGCGCACGGCGGGGGCAAGCGGUGCAUGGUGGACAGCUGCCGGAGUAGCGCUCAGCGCAUGGGGUUGUGCAAAGCCCACGGGGGCGGCCGCAAGUGCAACACGGACAGCUGCGCCAACAGCGCCGUAAGUCGGGGAAAGUGCAUUGCCCAUGGUGGGGGAAAGCGGUGCAUCAUCCCAGGCUGCUCCACCACAGCGCGCAAAGGGGGGUUCUGUUUUGCGCACGGGGGGCGUAGCUUGAAGGAUUUGAAAGAGUGCGAUCCAGCGCGUUUCGUCGUGGGCAAGAUCACAGUCGAAGAUGGAGGGGAUAGCGACGACACGGUGGUCGUGCUGCAGCAUGAAAACAACCACCCGAGCCCUAUCAAGGUCCAGAAGACUGAUGACGAGAGCACCAACCAAGAAGAACACCCCGUGGGUGACGAAGAUAUGGAACCAGGGGAGAACAAGGCGAAAGAACAGAAGCGACCGAGUGGGUACUCUUGGGAACGGCUGCAAGAGACUGUGUUGCUCGAGUCCAAGGCCCAAGGCAUCGCGUGUGAAGAUGAAAAAUCGCCCGCCGACGGGGACGACGACGAUGGCGACAAUUCGUUCCGACUGCUCGUGUCGGCAGUGCUGUGCAAAUAGCCUACGUGCGAUGUCUACGUGUUGGAUGUGUGGUCGUGGCGAUGUGUAUCUUAAUUUUCAUUAACAAAUGUGAGUAAAUUAUACUAACGUUAGUACAGUA